UUACUCGAUAACGCAUGUGUCGCGAGCGUAGAUGGCACCGUUGUCGCACCACGCAUGACGAAAUCGGAGCUAAACUCAUCCUCGCGCGCGGCGUUUACGGAGGCGUAGCUUGACAGUACGUUUGUCGAUCUGAGCAGUAGUAAUCGCGUUAGAGAGAAGUCCAUCUGCCAUAGUAGGUAUAAUCCGUAGAACUCAAACCGGUGCUCAUCAGGAGUUAUAAUGCUUACAAGUGUGCAAUCUGCUACAGAUAUUCGAUGGUCGUUCGGCUACGCCGCCCCGCGUUCUACACGUAAACAUUCCAGAAGUGGCGUGAAGAGACCUGGGCAGCAAGACAGAGGGAUUCGAUCCUCGCACAUCCUUGUUUUACCAUGGCGGAACGUUUCCAUCUUAAUUGGGAGCGGAAGCGCAGGAACACGAGGCAAGCUCAAGAGCCCCAACCAUCUACGAUUGCGGCGGGCUCGAGCCUCGCAGCUGGGGCCGCCUUGAGUGCCACCAGUAUAGGGUCUGCGACUGCCGCGAAGGUAGACGACGAAACCAACCCAUCAGUAUCCGCUAGGAGCGCCGAGGGUACACCCAACAGCCCGAGUGUGGGACUACUGCGAGAGCCGACUACGCGUGCGCCUGAGCAACACAGGCUCUGGGAGCUGACUACAGCGCGGUUCACAUCCGUCUUAAUCGACGAGUUGUUUAUUUGGUUACGUAAUUUCUCUAACCCUAGUGCCAUAGACCCUCUGCCAGCACGCAUGAGACGUUUUACGCGCACCACUGUAGCUGCGUUCCCAAUACAGCUUACAGUGUGCUUCUCUAUUUCUCUCCUUCUCUUCUUCUUCUUUUUUUUUUUUUUUCGUACGCAAUAGAUGAAAUCUGCGGUGCUCUUUCGACUACUGUGUGAAGAUAUUGUGAACUAACGUGUUUAGAUUUGCUUUCAUGUGGUUUUGGCCUCUUCGACUCGAAACCGACUGCGGGGCCUCUUUAAACACUAGGACACCAUAUAUUAGACUGUCCAACUUAUGGAGACAGAAACUCGUCAUCUUUUGACCAUUGUUUUCGUUUAUACGUGGUCAAGCUCAUUUGAGUAAUUCGUUAUCAGUGGCCUUAUUUCUUAAGAAUAUAUUUUUUUUUCUUAUCAUACGUCACGCCAAGUGGUUGAUCCCGGCUAUAACGGUAGCGCAGCGGUGUCUGAGCAAAUUACGAAGGACGAGAAAAAUAGAAAACGGACAGAAUCGUUGCAAAACACGGCCGCGAGCUUCAACGCAACGCCUCGGCCCAAAUAAAGGUCGACUUUUUGCCAUUGUUCUGGUCUAGUCAUUGCCUCUCCCGUUUGAACGUUCCGUAGCUUAUGCACUCGUGCAGACGUGCAUUAUAUAUCUUUUAUCUCUAUUCCCGGUCUUCUUUUUUCUCUCCUUUUUUUUCGCAGGCAUUAACUGGGCAAAAAACAUUGGGGGUAUUGUAUGCCCACAAUCCGGCAGCGUUACUUGUUUGUACCAAUAUAGAGCCCAUGCCGCUCAUACUUUAAUCUUUCGUAAGUUUCCUAAGCUUUUUUUUUUAUUGUGACGCAAUCGUUAGCACACACCACGAAUCCCUGUAACGGGAGCCAUCGUCCUGUCCCCAAAUGGGCGUGGAGACUGCUUCUUCGCGUUCGAGUACUUUUAUCCUGCUGUUGCAGUCUUUUGCGACACCUUGCCGCGCCGUCCACGACGUCGUGUACGCGUAGCGGAGAACAACGAAGGCACAAAAGCGAAAGAACGGAAGACUGGGGGAGGAGGGGGCAAGGGCACAAGGAACGAGCGCACCGGUCGAGACGGCACCGCCGGAGGCGGCGUAUCCUCGCGGCAAAAAAGCAGCCCUGCCAGCCAGCCCAGCCAGCCAGUCGCUUCCUCGGCCCGUGACGGUGUGGACGUCGCGUAUGCGCGCUCGUCCCCCUAGGAGUCAGCUGCUGGCGAGCGACAGAGAGCACCGAUCGCGAACCAUGGUAUCGGCUCCUGCGACCAGCAAGUCGACGACGUCCCGCGCUACUGCUGGCGUCGUGGUAGGCCCUGUCCUCGCGCUACUCCUCCUUGUGGGACACACCGGGUGUGUCACAUCCGAUCCAGGCGAGGUGGUUUUUGAAACCGACGAAGGCAACAAGUGUGCGCCGACUGAGCCGUACUGCGUGACCGUGGCCAACUGUCCGAAGGCCCAGAGGGACAUCCGGCGCGGUCUGCACCCCACGAUCUGCGACUGGCAGGGAACCAUUUCACUGGUCUGCUGCGCGCAGCCCACUGCAUUGCCUCCGGUGACUCCAGAUCAGCCCCGUCCACUGCCUGACGUUCCAUCACCAGAGCCUCCUGUGCAACCACCUGUGACACCGCCUGUACCUCCUGUAGAGCCACCUGUGCAACCUCCUGUGGAACCCCCUGUACAGCCUCCUGUGCAGCCUCCUGUUGAACCGCCUGUGGAAAUCCCUGUGGAACCUCCUGUGGAACCUCCUGUGGAACCUCCCGUGCAACCUCCUGUGGAACCUCCCGUGGAACCUCCUGUAGCUCCUGUGAGCCCGCCACAGCCGAACCCCGGGACUCCGGUCACAGGGCCACCGUCUGUGGAGGGCACCGGUUCGCCCGCCACCGCACCCGGUGGAACGUCGGACGGCCGUGAGCCCUCAGAAGGCGGCGCAGACGACAGCUGCGACUGCGACGAAGACAAAACUCCGCCGCCAGUCAGGAGUUGCGGAUUGCGACCCGAGGAAACCGAGUCCCGGCUACGACCGGCGCGGCUACUCUUGGAUGAGCCCGUCUACUCUCUGGACGCCCGCAGGGUUCGAAGACCUGGACUGAGAAAGCGGCGGCCGCUCAACGCGCUGUCGCUGCUCCCGCGCCAGCAGCCCAACGGCCGGCUCCAACAGCAACAGCAGCAGCAGCAGCAGCAGCAGCAGCAGACGCAGUCGUCCCCACCCGAGAAUGUCUGGCCAUGGAUGGCUUCCGUAGUGGACCAAGUGAACCCCGCAAGGCGGUGUGCCGGCGUGUUGCUCGACCAGCAGCAUGUGCUGACAGCUGCCCAAUGCUUCGGACCGGACAACGGGAGGAACAGUGCCGUGAUGCUGAACCUUCCGAACGCACCGGUCACGCUUCGACGAGUGGUGAGUGCCGAGGCGCACCCGCACUUCCGUGUCCCGGACGGCUACCACGACCUGUCCGUGGUGAGGUUCGAGCCCGCGCUUACCCCCGGACAGCUGGCGCCCAUCUGCUUGCCGACGGUGCUCAACGCCAGGCGCGUGCUCAACGGCAGCAUUCUUGACGCCGUCAGUUGGUCCAAUCGACAGAGGGACUUCCACCCAGGCUCAAUGGGCGAGAAGCGUUACCAAGUGAUCGACGUGUCGAGCUGCAACCACACAUACGCAGGUGUUGAUCUGUCCCCGUACCCGGCGGGUAUCACUCACGACGAUUUCAUCUGCACCCAGCUGACCGCAAACGUUGGCGAUGAAUGCGUGGGCAUCCCAGGUAGCCCGCUGAUGGUACAGGACGGAAAGCACUGGACCGUCAUAGGGAUGUACAGCUUCGGCGUGUCGUGCAGCGGAACGGCGCAGUACCCGACCGUGUUCACGCGCGUGUCACCGUACGUCACCUGGAUCUACGAGAAGAUUGGCCUGCGCUAAUGAACACGCCAUUGUGACGACGCAGCGGACGGCGUCGGGCCAUCGGAACGAGUGGGCGUCACGCCGGCGCACUUUCGCAGACGAGUGCCCCGUGGGCAACUACGGCUGCUGCUAGCGUUCGUGUCACACGCUGGACAGUUCGGAAAUGGCUUAUACGGUUUCGUUGGCGCCGAGCGUCGGAUAGCUCAGAUCAGCGCUCCGCUGAAGUUGCGGUGUCGGGUAGCGGGUAGCAGCUUUAACAACGCACGGAAACGAUGGUUGAACUUACCGCGUUAACUAAAGGCUGCAGUGAAAAAUAUGCUAAAGUAAGAAAUAUUUGCAUUGUCUCGAGAUGUUUAGCCGCGGCGUAGUUCAUGCUAGGCCGUGCAUGCCAUUCAAGUACUAGUGACCGCAGAUUAAACGGUAACGAAAAGGGCGGGGAAAUGAAUUGGAACUCGGUGAAAGCAAUGGGUCUUACGAAUGGCAACUUUUUGUUUUGUUUUGUUUUUAUACUACUGUCAUUUAUCCAGUAGUUUCGAGAAACUUCUGAUCGGUUACCAAAUGAACCUAACGCCGAAGGAACGAGCAGACUUUAGUUGCCGGAUUUCUCGUUCAGACGCCUUUCCUGGUUCUGUAUAACAUUACUCAUUGACUGUAGGCCAACGCGACCAUAGAGCCGCAUUGCAGGGAACUCCCGGGAAGCCUAGAGAAAUGGCUGCCCAUGCUCUAACGAAGAGGCACGUGGCAUACGUUGGGCGCUAGCGCAUACCUAAACGGACUUACGGUCGGACGCAGGCUCGUCCGCAAUCGUUCACCAUCGCUCUUCUCGUUCUUUAUUAAGCGUUAACAAGAGUAUUUAGAGUACGAUAAGGUUUUUCUAGGAUCUAAUUCUCGAAACAUUUUGUUCGCAAGUGCGCCUUGGCGUUGGCCGGUCGCCUUCGCUAACAAUAUGGACAGCAUCACGAUAGUCUGGCACCUACUCUUGCAAAAUAUUCUAGCGUAUUUUUUUUGGAAUACGUACCCAGGUUCGUCUUCGUUGAUUAUCGUUAUCUUUUUUGGUCCCAUUCUCGAAAGACGUUGCCAUAGGACCUUGCUUUGAAACAUUGACAAUGCUUGAUUAUUUAAUAAUUAUUCGUGGAUUGCACUUGCAAGUGCACGUUGGAGUUCGUGUUCCAAGGAUGCAAUAAGGACUCUUGGAAUAUCACCGCAGUCCAUGACUAAAGUACCCAUUCAAUUUAAUUUCAAGUAUCAAUGUGAUUCAUACUAGAAACGAGUUCUAACGGGCUUCCAACGUGUGAAGGAUGUCAGACGCAAUGUAGAGGCCUUUUGUUGCCCUCCUCGGGAGAGAAGCCCUGCACACCGCCUUCGUACAACCGCCCCAUGCCGCACCGUCGUGGUCGCAUUUGGCUGGACCGCUGACCCUUCGGCGUGACUCUGUAACGCCAGUGAUGCUGUCAGUGGCCAGGGUGGGACCGUAAUAUGAUGAACGAUGGAGUGAAUGCUGCUGUUGAUGCUGUUGAUGCUGUUGAAGGCUGGUGAUGAAAGUGAACAGUUGGUGCUGCUGGCAGUUUAUUUAUUUUCUCUUAUGUAAAUAAAACGGACCUGUGUUGUCGGGC